AUGACUAGAUCUCAAGCUAUUGAAUACGCUGCUAAAAUAAUCCCCAAUAUUGUACCUAUUGAGGAAAGUGAUGCUAGGGUUCUAUGCAAUGGCAUUGUUUCAAAUGAUUGGGAGCUUGAAGGCCAUGAUGCUAUAUCUGCUAAAUUUUUUGAUAUCUUAGGUCAGACUGACAUGGCUUUCGAGUUUGUGAUAGAAUUUAAUAGACUACUGUCAGAGAAAGAUACGCACAAAACAGAAUCAGCGAAAAUACUUCCCACUACUAAUAAGACUAACCAUUCUCAAAACAAUCUCAAGAAUUCCAAAGAAAGUCCCAAUAUAUAUGAUAAAAACUCUAAAAGUACCAUGGAGAAGGGGCAAAAUAACACAGCAAAAAGGGAAAGCUCUUUAACUACUAAAAAUUCUAACUCUGAAUCUGAUGGUUACACAAUAUCACAAAAAUUUCAAGGUAGUAAAACCAAAUUGAAUAAUUCUACUAGAAGUGCAAAGACAAAGAAAGCAAGAUCCUUGAAGGAGAUUGAAGAUGUUGUAAAAAUGUUAGAAUUAGAAGAAGAAGGUGGUGAUAUAAAAAAUUAUAUCUGUAAUUGCCAAGGAAAUAGACAUCCUGUAUUUGAUGCUGCACCUAAUUGUUUAUUAUGUGGUAAAAUUAUAUGUGCUCGAGAAGGUUUGCAUAUGAAAAGUUGUUCUUUCUGCGGCGAAGAACUCAUAUCCUCAAAAGAGAGAAUGAUGAUUUUGGAGUUAUUGAAAAAAGAAAAGGAAGAUAUUAAUAAUAAUUUAAAUAAAACUAAUUUGAAUGAUUCAGAUAAAAGUAAAAAAAAGAAGAAAAAAGAGAAAAUUUACAUGAUGUCUACUGCAAUGGGAAAAAAUGAAUUUCAAAAAUCAGAUAAACAAUUAAUGAAGAUGGAAAAAGAUUUAGAAAGAGAAAGAAGGAGGAAAAUGGUAUUAGAGGGUGAAAGUAUUCCUCAUGAACAAUCUGUAGAAAAUUUAUCAUCAACUGCUGAUACCCAUGAUCCUAAUGUGGAUCCUGAUUUAGUGGCGGCACAGGAAAGAUUAGACAAGCUAUUAUACUUUCAAGAUACCUCUGCUGAACGUACUAAGAUUAUUGAUAAUGCAAGCGAUUUUAGCAUGUCAGAUAAUGGAAAUAUAUGGGGAUCUGCCAGAGAAAGAGCCUUAAUGUUAAAGAAACAACAGCGAAACUUAAAGAAAUGGGAAAAAGAUGAACGAGAAAGGAAUGGAAGAAAAGAUAAAUAUACUGUUAGCUUAAACAUCGGUAAAGAUGGUAAAGUAACAAUGACGGAAUCUGAAAAGCAACGCAAACCAAUUACAGAAUCUGAUAUAGAAGAUGAUGAGCUAUUAGAAACCAUUAGUGAUGAAGAAGAAUUAUCAGCCUUACGAGAGAUUAGAGCCUUAAAACAUGAAGUUAGUCUUGAUAAACAAAGUGAAUCUGCUCUUCUUCAAAAUAAAGUUUGGGAUUUUGAAGAAAAUUUGAAACAGUUUUCUGCUCCGGUGUAUAUAGGUUCAACUCCAGUCGAAACAAAUCAAGAUAUAGAUGUAGCUGAUGACAAUAACUGUUCAAAGAAGGGUCUAGCUCAAAACCCUGAUAAAUUAAAGUCCAGGAUUCAAAUCGGCGCUUCUCAAGAUGAUACUUUAGAAGAAAGCGUUUUAGCAGUUUAUUAG